AUGAAUGUGCCUUUUUGGCAUUCGGUUGCGCUGUAUUUGGUUUUUAACGUUACUUCCUUAGCUGUGUUCAGCGUAACGGACACCGACAUGGUGACAAUCAAUCAUGAAAGGUAUGACAGGUCUCCUUUCAUGGAGUCACGAAAUUCCAGUCCUACUCGAAGAUCUUAUGGUGAAAAUGCAGUUAGACAUAAUGCCGAUUCCACACACAGAGGUUAUGAAGUUAGUCGGCAUUCUUACAAGGAUAAACAUGAUCUUAGUGAAAGUUAUUCCAAAUCAAAAUCUCCAUCUUUGUCAAUUAGUCAUAAAAAUGAAGGUCGUCAUCGUAAAACCAAUGAAUUUAAUCAUCAUCAAACGCCAGAAUUUUGGGAGCGACGUCGUAAAAUGCGUGAGCGCGCUGGUGCUUCUCUCAAGCAUAAGAACCACAGCAAUCAUCAUCAUCGGUCACAUAAACACUCCAAAAGGCAUAAAAAAGAAACAAAAAAGAGCAAUAAACUCAAAAAACAAAAGCGGAAGAAUAAACAUGCUAGUCGCACAUCCUCUUCCUCAUCAUCUUCAGAAUCUGAAGUAGAUAGUGAAGAUGAAAAGAAACAAUUUAUUAAACAAAUGAAGGAUAAGAAACGUGAAUUAGAACGUAAACGUGCACAAGAGGAAGAGGAAGUAGAGGCUGUCGGCCCAAUGUUACCUACUGCUGAACAUUCCAGCUUAAUUCCGUUAGACUAUGGCCGAGCAUUAUUACCGGGCGAAGGUGCAGCAAUGGCAGCUUAUAUUGCCGAAGGUAAACGUAUACCACGACGUGGUGAAAUCGGCCUAACCCCAGAAGAGAUUGAAUCGUUUGAAAAAGAGGGUUAUGUCAUGUCAGGUAGUCGUCAUCGUCGUAUGGAAGCUGUUCGUUUGCGUAAAGAGAACCAGAUAUACUCAGCCGAUGAGAAACGUGCUUUAGAACAUUUUAACCAUGCUGAGCGUGCUAAACGUGAAGCAAAAUUGCAGGCUCAAUUUAAGGCAUUGAUUAAACGAAAGUUAGAAGACAAACAAGCUGCUCCUCCGCCAAGUUAAGAAAAGAAUAAAUUUUUCGAUAACUGCUAACAUAUUUCAAUUUCAGAGAGUUUUUUUAAAUCAAUGUCUUGUAUAUAAUUUAAUUUCAUGUACACUAUAAAGUAGUUUCCUUGAUCAACU